CCAGUGCAUCACUUCACAGCUGGACGAGCUCCUGUGUCCUCCCACCACGCCGGAGGGUCGGAACGAUGAGAAAGCCCUGCUGGAGCAGCUCGUCUCCUUCCUCAGCGGUAAAGACGAGACGGAGCUGGCUGAGCUGGAUCGAGCUCUUGGGAUCGAUAAACUGGUCCAGGGCGGCGGGUUGGAAGCCCUGACGGAACGAUUCCAACCCCAACAAGCCACCCCACCACUGAUGAUGGAGCAGAAACCCGGCAUGUACCCCCAGCCUUACUCCUCUGCCUCUCCCACCACCAACCUCCCCGGCGCCUUCCCUGGCAUGGUCAGGCAGAAACCAUCCUUCGGACCCAUGCCGGUGCAGGUACCACCACCCCGUGGUGCCUUCCCCACCAACAUGACCAUGCAACCACGGCAGACGCUCAACAGACCCCCGACAGCCCCCAACCAGCUACGACUUCAGCUGCAGCAGCGGCUGCAGGGACAGCAGCAGCUGAUCCAUCAAAACCGGCAGGCGAUCCUCAACCAGUUUGCAGCCAGUUCUCCAGUGGGUAUCAACAUGCGGGCGGGGAUGCAGCAGCAGAUCACACCGCAGCCUCCCCUCAACGCCCAGAUGCUGGCCCAACGCCAACGUGAGCUCUACAGCCAACAGCACCGGCAGCGGCAGCUGAUGCAGCAACGAGCCAUCCUGAUGAGACAACAAAGCUUUGGAAACAACCUCCCACCCUCCGCCGGGCUCCCGGUACAGAUCGGAGCCGCUCGUUUACCCCAAGCACCUCCUCAACAAUUCCCAUAUCCCCCAAACUACGGUACGACCCCAGGAAACCCUCCCACCUCCACCAGUCCCUUCUCACCCUUGGCAUCCAACCCCGAAGCCGCGCUGGCUAACCGCAGCAGCAUGGUGAACAGGGGGAUGAUGGGCGGCGUUGGAGGGCAGUUCGGUGCCGGGAUGACCCCCCAGAUGCAGCAGAACAUCUUUCAGUAUUCGGGAUCAGGUAUGGGUCAGCAAAGUGAACCCACCUUUGCCCCAUCGCUCAGCCCCAGCAGCCCCUUGAUGUCACCCCAGCUCCCACCUUCACAAAGCCCCAUGCUGCAGCCGGCUCCACCGACACCGGGUUACCAGUCGCCUGACAUGAAGACCUGGCAGCAAGGAGCCAUGGGGAACAGCAGCGUAUUCAGCCAAGCGGGGCAGAGCCAACCGGCGCCUGCUCAGCAGGGCAUGUACAACAACAUGAGCAUCACCGUCUCCAUGGCUGGAGGAAACACCAACGUCCAGAACAUGAACCCCAUGGCUGGACAGAUGCAGAUGAAUUCAUUGCAGAUGCCUGGGAUGAACUCCAUGUGCUCGGAGCAG